GAAGAGAGUAAGAGACUACUGUUUAGUCUAUACUAGUGUAGCCUUCUCUGAAUUUAGGCUACAUAAUAUGCACAUCUAGCGGGUAGGAAUUCGCACCUAUAGGGGCCAAUAGAAGGUUCUCAAAAAGUAAAGACAUCGCUUUGCAUAAAGUACGAUACAAAUCAAGUGCGUAGUCUAUCAAAAAUAUUACUGAGCUCACUACAGAGCAAUUAAGCUACUUUUAGGCUACUGUACCUGUACCUGUUUCCCCAAGUGGAAAUGAAGGCAGAGAGAAAGAGACGUAUCUCUGAUGAAGUUGAAGAGUGAAGACUAGACGGAAGACCCGACUGUAUAGACACCAACCUUGUGUUGUAGCAUAGGCUAAAACAACGCGCCUACAGUUUCAAGUAAUGAAUUGCCGAGAGCCUCAGAGAAGCGUGAGUCCGCUCGUCCUCUAUGCAGUCUUUUUAGGACAAUUAUUUUUUUCGCUGAAUGCUUCGGACUUUACCCACAAACCGAGGGUGACAUUGACAGAAAAAGAUGUGAGCUUCCUAAGAAUCCAUCUGUCUGGGAAUAACAACCAUAUAAAGCUCCUGCAGGGCCCUCAAGACAACAUAGUAUACGCUGCAGGCCAUAGAAACAUGUUCCAGACAGACUUCCACAGUUUGACCUCUAUAAAGAGUCCUGUGUUUGGAGAGGGAUGUAGAAGUAAUGAUCCCGCAUCACCAGACUGUCACUAUAACAUCACUGUUUUACACAAGACUAAAGAUCCAAACCAACUGUUCCUGUGUGGAACCAAUGGACAACAACAGACAUUGUGCUGUUACAUGAACCCAUCAGACGACCCGUUUAACUGCACUCGAUCCAAGGGCAUCCAAAACAUUAAACAACACAUAAAUGAAAGCGAGCCAUCGCUCCUCAUUGGUUCUGCUGAAGUAGAGGAAUUCUACACCACUCACUCAGGCACAGAGGGUUCCGUGGGGAUCCACAGGUUUGGGAAGAACAGACUAUGGACAGAAAAAAGUGGAACAGAACAGAGAUAUGUGAGUUUGGUGGCUAGUGGGCAGAGAGAGGAUAAUCUGCAGGACAGACUAUACGCCUUCUACAUAGAGAAGACCCGAGACCCGAGUUUGGACUCUGAUCUCUGGGUUUCCCGGGUUGCUCAAGUCUGCAUGGCCGAUCUUGGAGGACCUAAGUCCUAUCUGCAGUUCAGGUGGACCUCCAAGUUGAGUACCAGGCUCUUCUGUGGAGACCAUGACAGCAGGCUGUACUUCACCCAGCUAGUGGACAUGAACACUGUUCUGGGAGACAGGUGGCAGGAUACCAGGGUCUACGCACUCUUCAGGAAUGGCUGGGGUAUGAGUGCUGUAUGUGUCUACACCAUAGCAGAUAUUGACCGCAUCUUUAAAACGUCCAACUUCAAGGGACACACAGGGCCCGUUACAAACCCACGACCUGGGGAGUGUGUUAAAGACAGCACUAAACUCCCCAUUGAAGUCCUGAAGAUGGUGGACAAGCAUUCAGAGAUGGAGGAGUGGGUCACCAGUGGGCCUCUCCUGGUCACUCACCGCCAUUACCACCACAUCCGCAUGGAUAGAGUCCAAGGCAAAUGGAAUGUCCUGUUUCUGUCUCUAGAGAAUGGAGGGAUUCAUAAGGUUCUGGAGAGGGAUGGUCAGGCCUUCGUCAUCGCUGAGUUACAACCUUUUAACUACAGGGCACACAUCCUCAGUAUGAUGUUACACUCCUCAACGGCAAAGCUGUAUGUGGCCUCCAGCAAAGAGCUGGUUCAGAUUGACCUGGGCAGCUGUGAUCAGUAUGGGGCCCAGUGUGAAGACUGUGUUUUGGCCAGAGACCCUUACUGCGGCUGGGACGGCCAUCGCUGCACCACAGCUACAAAUGAUACAAUUCAGGAUGUGGAGAACGGGAACCAUCAGGUAUGCAGCAACAUAUCCAGAGGAUUUACUGCAAGUAAAGUUUACUUUCCAGGGUCAUCAGUUGGUGCUGUAGAUGGAAUCAGAGUUCCUCUAUCUUCAAAGUACUUCCUCCAUUGCCCAACCUUGUCCAGCCACGCUGAGUACAGCUGGAGGCACCAUGGCAACACCACAGCAACGCCGUGCAUCUCCACAAAGUCAGAGGACCAGUGUCUCCUGCUAAUAGAGAGCAUGGGCCCUGAGCAGCAGGGAACAUACAGCUGUGUGUCUGAGGAGAGGGGCUACCGCAGGACCCUGGUGCAGUACCAGUUACAGCUGGACAGGGGGGUCACAGGCCUGGCCUCUCACCACCUACCCUUUCCUGGUCUGGGUCUGGUACUACUACUGGUCCUGACUUUGCUCUGCUAGCAUCAGCUCUAUGGACUAUCACCCCAGCCCUAUGACCGAGCUGACUUGACUUGGACAUGCCUGCACUUGUACUUUGGUCUUCCUUACACCCACGGUACCUCAAUAAUAGUUCAUGACAGUCAAGUGACCUACAAGGGGCCAAAGCUUCGCUGAGCCAUUUCCUUUGUUACUUUCACAAUCAGUUGGUCAAAAAACUGAACGCUGCAGAAGUUAAAGCAACCGCACUUGUGCUGAGUUAAGGAUUUAUUGGCCUUAUGUGUUUUAUAAUCAUGCUACGUUUUCCAAUAUGAAACUUUGCAGGGGUUUAAAAUAUUUUAUGUGAAAAUCUGAAUGCAAAAACAGACUAAUUUGGUUACAUUUUAGAAAUAUAUUUGUUUACUUAACUACUAAGUUUCUUUGCUAACAGCAUGAUAGUUGUAAAUAUAUAUAUUUCUUUAUCGAUUACUUAUUUAUAUGUACAGUAUUAAACUCUUGCACUCCUCUCUUAUGUCAUGAUAAUUAUACAUUAUUUUCCUUCA